UUGCAACAGAACCGAAAUGAAAACAUGGCGUUAGCCAUUAGGGUUUUAUGGACAGUGAGAAAGAGUUGCAUAGGAAAGCUUCACCCUUUGCCAAAUUCUCAGCAUUUCUUUUACUGCAAACAUUCAAAUUCAAAUUCAAAUCCCCUUCUCCUCAAAUUGCUUCAGGUCCCUAAUUCACGCAUCAAAACAACGCUGGAUCAUGAAGUGUCUUCCUUUCAAAGCUCCCAACUUUCUUGGGAAUUUAUUGUUACCUCACUAAGCCCUUCGUCUUCUCAGAAAGCUCGCUUGGUUUUGGAAUGGAUUUUGGAGAAAUUACUGAAAGAAAAUGAAAAAGACCAUAAUCUCUUCUCUGAACUCAUCUUUCUAUGUGAAAAGCUGAAGAAUGUGCCACUAGGAAUGCGUGUGUUCACUUCUAUGGAGGCUAUUGGAGUUAAACCCACUUCCCUGGUUUUCAAUUCCCUUAUAAGUGCUUGCUUAUCUUCACAUGAUAUUGUUACAGCAUAUAGUUUAUUUGAGAUCAUGGAGAGUUCAGAGAGCUAUAAACCUGAUUUUCACACUUAUAAUAUCUUUAUUUCAGCAUUUUCCAAGUCGGGGAAUGUUGAUGCCAUGCUAGCUUGGUACUCAGCUAAGAAGGCUGCUGGACUUGGUUCUGAUCUUCAAAUGUUUGAAUCCCUUGUAUCGGGCUGUGUUAAUUCAAGAAACUUCGAAAUUGCUGAUAGAAUUUUUGAAGAAAUGAUGAUAUCUGAAAUUAUACCUAGUGUAUCCAUACUGGAAAGUAUGCUUAAAGGGCUUUGCAAGCAGAAGAGUUUGGGUCGAGCUGAGGAGUUCUUCAAGUUUGUGCUGGAUGCUGGAUGGGAAAUCAAUGAAAACAUGGCUGAGGAGUUAGUAGCUUUGUAUCAUGAAAAAGGACAAGUGGAAAAGAUGGAGGAGCUACUUGAAACUAUUACAAAGCCCUGUCCAGUUAGUACUGUUGUCCUCUCACGAAUCCAUUGUGGGAUUAUAAGGAUGUAUGCAAUGUUAGAUAGAUUGGAUGAUGUAGAGUUUGCUGUGGGUAGAAUGCUGAAACAAGGGCUGUCAUUCACAAGUGCAGAUGAUGUUGAAAAGGUUAUCUGUUCAUACUUUAGAAGGGAAGCUUAUGAUAGGCUAGACAUAUUCUUGGAAUGUUUAAAGAGUUGCUAUGUGCUUACCAAAUCAACUUAUGAUUUGUUGGUAUCCGGCUAUAGAAGAGCAAGCUUGCAUGAAAAAGUAGAUUCAGUGAUGGAAAACAUGAAUUCAGAAGGAUUAGCAUAACAGCUUAUGGUGGUGAUGAGAGAUGAGCUCCAUUCAGCUCCUCAAUUUUUACACCAGGCAGCAAUAAUCUAGUGUUGUUAGCAAUCAAUGGGUAUACAGUCAAAUGAAUAUAAAAAAUUCAGCAUGUCAUUUUAUCCUCUGUCCCUCUAUCAAGCUUUACAAUUGGGAUUGAAGAUUGUUUAAUUAUUCCAAUUAAGGCUUCUGUAUAGAUUGUAGAGUCCACACCAUUUUGUUUCACAGUCAGAGUGACUGACUUCAAGAUCAUCGUAUAAAUAAUAAAUUUACUUUUAAGGGUGAUGGCUGGUAGACAUUUCAACGUACAACUGAAAUCAUGAUGGAGCCAAAUUCCGUAUUUGUUGUAUGACUUAACCAU